AAAAGGGCUCUAUGUAUAGCAGAUCUUUCCAAGUGUUUUCUGUGUAAAGUGGAAUUUUUAAAAGAUAUUUCAUAGAUAAAAAUGUGUCUUGGGAUUGCAGAAAUUUCAAAGGAGGCUUUGGAUAGCUGGAGUAUCGUAAGGGGAUUUAUAGAUAGAGGACUUUUGAAAAGGUCUUCAUUGAAUAUUUGACCUUUUAAAAUAGGUUAUUUGGCUAAAAAAAACCUUUUAGGAGGUGUUCCAUGAAUAGGUAAAAUUUUACCUAAAAAACUUUCAAAAGCGUUCCGUUGAAGGCCUUUUAAAACAAGACAGAUUUAUACCCCCAGUUAUAAUUAUUCAAACUGUUGACCCUUUAUGGGGGAGGUUCCGAGGCAGUUGACCAAUAUUGACAAGUUCGUAUUUGACCUAAGACUGAUAUAAUAAAUAUUACAACGUGCCAGAUUUGGACUAUAUCGACUACUUACUAUACUUUAUAUGAGAUAUGUGCACAUUUUUGGGAAAUGUGAAAAUAUGCCUACACUGAGGGAAAAAUCCCGUUGCGAAAUCAAGCACGUAUGUUGUCAUUUUCGCAACGACCCGUUGUUAUAUUUUUCAACAACGGCUGUUGGUGAAUUGUGCACGAACGUGCUCAAAUUGACACCGAGACGUGGUCAACUUUCGGUACCAACAACAGCCGUGCUUAAUUUGUCCACCGAUGUGCUCAAAAUGACAACUUUGCGUUUUUAAUAUUGGUAAUUGCAGCCGAUUACACACGAGUAAAAAAUGACAACGGUGGUGCAUGAUUCACACACUGUCGUUGUCAAUAUGACACCGGUCGUGUAUGAAUUAUGCACCACCACCUGCAUAAUGAUGCACCACCGUUGUUACUUUGUACACCGACGUGCAUGAAUCGUACACGAUCGUUGCCAUUUUAGCAACUACCGUGUAUGAAUCAUGCACCACCGUUGUCAUUUUUUUUACUCGUGUGCAAUCGGCUGCAUAUUUACCAUUUUUUCCGUGUUAUUGAAAGAGAAAGGACGCAUUGUGCAAAAAAUUUAUUGAAAAUGAAUAAUAAUUCGCAAGAUCCUCAAAAUAUCAUUGGUGAGUUGUUAGAAAUCGAUGGCAAUAUUGUUGUGGUUCGCGAUACAAACCAUUGCAGCAGUCAAGAUGCGGAAAACAAUGAGGACGAUUAUAUGUUAAGGGAGUUCUUAAAAGGAAUAAAUAUGGAGUCGCUUUUUGAACAAUUAAAAGCAUCACAUGUAACAUUUCGCAGUUUGCAGUACUUGAAAAAAGAAGAUUUAAAGGAAGCAGUGCCACCAUUGGGACUGCGAGUUGAAUUCAGAGAAAAGCUCUUUGCUUGGAAAAAACGAAAGCUCGGGAUUGAUGACGAAACUAUGUCAGUUCCAUCUAAAAUAGGUGAAUGGUGGAAACGCAACGAGACACCUGCAAGUACUCCUGGUACUCCCGACACUACAGGUUCGAACUGCUCAAAAGCCAAAGGAAUUUUGUCAGAGGAUCUAACGGAAUUGUUAACACAUACCUCGAAGGGGAAACUGGCGCUUGAAUGUAGUAGCGUUAAUAAGAAAUUAAGUGACGAGCAAAGAGAUGAUAUAAUUAAUAUAAUUAUUGAAGAUAUUUUAACCAACAAUGUUACUCUUUACACUCAAGACUAUAUGCGCAUAUUGGAUGAAAUUUGUUCCGUUUUUCCUCUUGAAAACGAAAUGAGGGAUUAUUAUUACAUUUCAAGAAAAGGAAAGAACAACGCAAGCGGAAAACUUUAUGCCAAGUAUAGAAACAAGAAGUCCAAAAGAAUAAAGCUUUUGAUUUCCGAGCCUAGCACAAGCAAAGCAGCAACUCACACAUCUCCUAAUUUUUGUAACAAAGAUGUUCCAGAAAUUGAUGAAUCAGUUGAAAAUUCAUUGAAAGCUUCCUUACUAAGAGAAUGUAAUGAUUGGGGAUCGAUCUGCGAAAAAUGGAAAAGAUCUUUUAACAUACGGCAAAGAGAUAUAAAAAAUUUAAGUAGCCAUACAUUUCUCCUAGAAUGGCCGAAGUUGUCCGAUGCAAGAGCUUCAGAAUUGGUCAACAUUGAUUUCGAUAUUAUGUAUCCACAGAAAGGCAAUCUUCUACUUUCUAAAUGGGACCAAUUUAAGAAAAAAAUUUACAAUUAUUAUGGGAAAAAUAUUCAUAACGAACAUUGCAAACAACUCUUCGCAAAUGUUUUGACGGCAAGCAGCAUAGAUGCUCAAGAUUAUAUAUACGCAAUACUGUUGAAUUCAGUUUUACCAUCACCUGCUAGGUUUAAAUGUGGAAACGGUAAAUUACGAAAAAAAGUAACAAUAGCUGAUUCGCAGGAAAGUUUCGUACUGCGACUACCGACAAUUAACGAUUAUAAAAGGCAAAUUGAUACAGUCACUGAAAAGUAUUACAAUGCUGGAUUAACUAUACAGCCAUUUAUAAUUGUGGAGGGUUUGUCCGAUUUCAAUAUAAAAGGUUUUUAUGUUUUUUUUAACCACAAUUUGUUAAAAUUUCAAUCGUUCCUCGAAUGUUUAGAUACAUGUUUUAAAAUUUUUCAUGCACUUUCUUUAAAAUAUCCAAAUGCCUGCCAAAUUCCAUGGAUUUUUAUCCAAAAAUAUUUUUAUGAAAUUAAUACUGUAUAUGAUAUAAAAUCAGUUAAUUUGACUUCACUUAUUAAUUUCUGCAACAAUAAUUAAAGUACAAUUCAAAAUGUAUAUUUGCUUUCGUUGCCGUAAGCAUUUUGAUAAGGCAAAUCUUUUAAUAGCUCAUUUGAAACAGACCAUUUAAUGUCCACUAAAUUUUUAAAAGUACAAUGCGUUCAGGACAACUGUAAGCAAACAUUUACAAAAUUUACGUCAUUCAGAAUUCAUUUAGAAAAACUUCACAAGAAUCACACAAAAGCUCCACCAAUGGUUAAAGCCAUUAAUGUGCCAGUUGAAAUGUCAUCAUCAAAAGAAAAUGAUUAUACAAACAGUGAAACUGUUAUUAACAACAAUACAAUAGAAAAGGAUUUAAAUGUUUUGAAAAAGAAAACCUUAUAUCUGUCUUUACAAUUACAUGGUCAAAGCUAUAUGCCAAAGCUAUAUACCAUCGAAGAUUUGGCAAAAGAGGAAUAUUGUUACAAAAAAAGUAAGCCAGUUUUAAAUUACCAAAAUUGCAAAGUGUCUGAUGACAUUUUUUUUAAGGGAACUAGGUAUAAAAAAAACUAUUAUUUAGCAACAAAUAAUGCCGCAAUUGAACUUUUCAAAAUUAAACAUUUAAUAAUUGAAAAUGAAAAUGUUUACAUUUUAUGUAACCAAGUAAAAGUUAAAAACUUUGAUUACCAUUUACAAUCGUAUGAAGUUGGUUCUCUGAAUGAGGAUACAAUUUUUUUAAUACCAAUUUUAGAUUUUAUUAC